UUCGAUCUAUUUAUCCUGGCUGACAGCUCGCGGCAGGGAGAAGACUACUGCCAGGGAUUCGGACGACUCGAUCUGCGGGUUUAACUUAAAUUGACACGACAGCGCUUGGCGCACUGACACCUCUGUCUAACAUCCGCCGGUUUCAUAAAGAAUUCAAGAUGUCUCUCUAUCCUACGCUAGAAGAUAUGAAGGUGGAUCAUAUGAUGAAGGCUCAGCUGCAGAACGAGUCGCAGUUUAUCGCUUCGAUACCGACUACGACUCCCUCGGCGCCGGCUUACGUUCCUUCUGCGCCCGGUAUGCUGUACCCAUCCUUGGGUGACUACAUGGGCCUCGAGCUGACCGAAGAUACCAUUGCGCAAAAUAUGCCUGAAUACGCACUCGCUACCCGUCAGAAUGCGACUGAUGUGGCUCUCACUUCGCCGUGCAGCCCAUUGGCAGGGAUGGUCGCUCCUUUGUCAGGACAAUCCGUGGCUUUGCAGAAAGCUCAUGUAACAAAUGGUAUCCGAGAGUUGACGCUUUGUAAGGACGGUGACGGGAAGGUUGGCGUUAGGGUACACGCCAUAAACAAUGGAGUCUUUGUCUGCCUCGUGAGUCAAAACUCCCCAGCGGCGAUGGCCGGAUUACGUUUCGGCGAUCAAAUUUUGAGCAUCAAUGACGUGUGCGUUGCCGGAUACUCGAUGGAACAAGUGCACAAGCUUUUCCGCAACGCCGAUGUCAAUGGGAUAAAAGUGAUCGUGCGCGACAGACCACUCGAGCGUACCGUAACAAUGCACAAGGACAGUACCGGUUACAUCGGAUUUCAAUUUAAGAACGGAAAAAUAAUUGCUUUAGUGAAAGACUCGUCGGCCACGCGAAACGGACUUUUAACCGAUCAUCAAAUACUCGAGAUUAACGGAAAGAACGUAGUUGGGUUGAAGGAUAAAGAUAUCACAGUGGAGAUUGAAAAGGGUGGAGAUGUCAUCACUGUAACGAUCAUACCAUCUUACCUUUACGAUCACAUGAUGAAAAAAAUGUCGAGCAGCUUGUUGAAGAGUUUGAUGGACCAUUCUGCGGUGGACCUUUAAAUUGAAACAAAUUGCCAGUUUCAUACAUUGCCAUACAGCCAACUGUGCCAAUAGGCAUGUGCAUUAUUCUCCGUAGCUUCAUUACAAAAAAAAAAGUAACGAGUACGCUACAUAUCCUACACCGUAUAAGCACAUUUAUAAGAUGCCAACCAUAUUUCCAUAGCAAGCAUAUAUGUGAUACCCGUUUAAAAAUAGCCUAUAUUGCAUGUCGGAAGUGAUGCUAAUUGGCUACAAAUUACGAAAAAGUAUUUAUCAGAGAUUAUUUUUUUAUACAGAAGCACGUCUAAACUUGCGAAAAAUAUGCAGAUUUAAAUGUUCAACUCCAACUGCAAAGAGAAAGUUACUAGUUACAUUUACUUUAAUAGCAGAACAGUUAUGCUAUAAGAUGAAAUAUAUAUUAUAUCCUAUACUGCACGAUUAAAAAAAUCCAUAUCGUUAUUUAUAGCAGGGCCACUCGUAAUUAUAUCGACGUUAUAUACAACUUAUUUUCAAUCUCUUAAUUCUUUGAAUGAGAUAAAAACUCAUUUUGUUAUCAUUUUGGGCAUAAUUGCCGUUUAAAUUAGACAUUUACAAUACAACUUGUUUUAAAUUUGAAUAUAAAUUUUUUAAUCUUGCUUUGCAAUUAACAUACUUUUACUUUAACAAAUCACAAUAUUCUUCUAUGUAUGUAAAAAGUCGUAUCGUGGAAAGUAGUGAUAGUCAUUAGAUAAAUAUUAACUAGUUUUUAUUACCUUCUAUGAUGAACUGUCCAUUUUAUAUUAUACAAUAGUAUUAUUUAUUUUUCGAUUUUCUGUCUACCAUAUUUGUCACAUUGGUAGAAACACGAUAAAGUAAAAAAAUAAUAGUUAAGAAAAGAGAAAUAAAAUAUGGUGUAAUUUUUCCUCUCAUACUUUUCGAUAUUUUCUUUGUUGAUAUUUUAAUCGAAAAUAAUUUAUAUAGAUCUGUAGCGUAGAUCUUUCUUAGAUCUUCUCUCGGUUAUUUAAAAAAGUGGAUUGAUAUUUUACUUUUCCAAUCAAAUUUUGUAAAAUAUGUUAUCGUAGCAACUUAUUCACUAACUUCAGAAACUAUCGAUUAAUGCCAUUCUUUUCAAUAAUAUAAAUAGAAAUAUAUUAGACUUGAUAGAUGAACGUUCUUACAUUUGAAAAAAUUAAAUAGAAUUUAGUUCAACAAUAAAUGGAUAUGUAUUUC